AUUAAAUCAACCGCCUUUAUUUUUCUCGUGUGUCUUUCGGUUGUUAUCAUUCAAAGCGUCGUGCUUUACUGUACGGAAUUCAGUGGACAUAAUACGUUAAAUAAACGUGUGUGUGUAUAUAUAUAUAUAUAUACGUACACGUAUAUAUAGAGAGAGGGGUUUUCAUUUUAUCUUAAGGGUUUGUGUUUUUCUGUUGAGAAAUGUCCCGGCGCAGACACAGCGAUGAGAAUGAUGGAGGCUCUCAGCCUCACAAACGGAGGAGAACUUCAGAACCUAUUGAGAUUGAAGACCGUCUGGAGUCACUGAUUUGCAGAGUGGGAGAGAAGAGUACAUCCUCCUUGGAGAGCAAUUUGGAGGGUCUUGCUGGCGUCCUGGAAGCUGAUCUCCCAAAUUAUAAAAGCAAAAUCCUGCGAAUCUUAUGUUCUGUUGCUAGGCUUUUGCCGGAGAAGUUGACGGUAUACAGCACACUGGCAGGGCUUCUCAAUGCUCGCAACUACAACUUUGGAGGAGAGUUUGUGGAGGCUAUGAUCCGACAACUUAAGGAGACUCUAAAGUCAAACCUGUACUCUGAGGCCCUUUAUUUGGUGCGAUUCCUCAGUGACCUGGUAAACUGUCACGUCAUCGCUGCUCCCUCCAUGGUCGCUAUGUUUGAGAACUUCGUCAGCGUCACUCAGGAAGAGGACAUACCACAGGUGCGGUCUGACUGGUAUGUGUAUGCCGUGCUGUCAAGUCUGCCUUGGGUCGGGAAGGAACUGUAUGAGAAGAAAGAUGUGGAAAUGGAUCGCUUGCUCAACCAAAUUGAGGGUUAUCUAAAGCGGCGACAGAAGACUCAUGUUCCCAUGCUGCAGGUGUGGACUGCAGAAAAGCCCCACCCACAGGAAGAGUAUCUGGACUGUCUCUGGGCUCAGGUGCAGAAACUGAAGAAGGAUCGCUGGCAGGAACGUCACAUUCUGCGUCCAUAUAUCGCAUUCGAUAGCGUGCUGUGUGAAGCCCUGCAGCACAACCUACCACCUUUUACCCCUCCAGCACACUCUGACGAUGCCAUCUACCCCAUGCCCCGUGUCGUCUUCCGCAUGUUUGAUUACACUGAUGCCCCAGAGGGGCCAGUGAUGCCAGGCAGUCAUUCAGUGGAGCGGUUUGUGAUUGAAGAGAACCUGCACUGCAUCAUCAACUCUCACUGGAAAGAGAGGAAAACAUGUGCUGCCCAGUUGCUCAGCUACCCUGGCAAAAACAAGAUACCCCUUAACUACCAUAUUGUGGAGGUGAUAUUUGGUGGGUUAUUCAAGCUGCCGACUGCUCCGCACAUUGAUGUCAUGUACACUGCUUUACUCAUUGAACUCUGCAAACUGCAGCCGGGCUCUUUACCGCAAGUCCUCGCCCAAGCCACUGAAAUGAUGUACAUGAGACUGGACACAAUGAAUACAAUAUGUGCAGACCGACUCAUCAAUUGGUUCUCGCAUCAUUUGAGUAACUUCCAGUUCAGAUGGAGCUGGGAUGACUGGGCUGACUGUUUGACUCAAGAUAUUGAAAAUCCCAAACCCAAGUUUGUUAAAGAGGUUUUGGAAAAGUGUAUGAGGUUGUCAUACCAUCAUCGGAUAGUGGACAUUGUUCUUCCGAGCUUCUCUGCUUUGAUUCCCGCUGAACCUGUGUGCCAUUACAAAUAUACAGAAGAGUCCAGCAGUUCAUUGCCUGGAUUUGCUAUGGCAAACACAGUGGCUAACGCUAUCAAAAACCGUGCAUCAAAUGAAGAGAUUCUUACUGUACUAAAAGAUGUGCCCAAUCCAAACCAGGAUGAUGAUGAUGAUGAGGGCGACAGCUUCAACCCUCUGAAGAUUGAUGUGUUCCUGCAGACGCUGCUCCAUUUAGCUGCCAAGUCCUUAAGUCAUUCCUUCAGUGCUCUGGCCAAAUUCCACGAGGUUCUGAAGAACCUUACAGAGAGUGACGAGGGGAAACUGCACAUCCUCAGGGUUCUCUAUGAUUUCUGGAAGGGCCACCCUCAGAUGAUCUAUGUGUUGGUAGACAAGUUUAUUAGGACUCAGAUCGUGGACUGUGCAGCAGUGGCCAACUGGAUAUUCUCUCCUGAAAUGGCUCAUGAUUUCACCAGGUUUUACGUGUGGGAGAUUCUUCAUUCGACCAUCCGCAAGAUGAACAAACAUGUGCAGAAGAUCCAGAAAGAGCUGGAUGAGGCGAAAGAAAAGCUGGAAAAGCAGCACAACAAAAAGCAGCGGGACAGCGGUGAUGAAGAGGACAUGGAGAAGAACAGUGAGGAUGAGGAGGGUCAACUGGAGGAACAGAUCGAGAGGCUGCAGGAGAAGGUGGAGUCUGCCCAGAGCGAACAGAAGAACCUGUUCCUCGUUAUUUUCCAGCGCUUCAUUAUGUUACUGACGGAGCACCUGGUUCGCUGUGAAACAAGCAGCAUUGACAUCAACACCAGCUGGUACAAGAACUGCAUCGAGAGGCUACAGCAGAUCUUUCUCAUGUAUCAUGUGAUUAUCCAGCAGUAUAUGGGCACCCUGGAGAACCUGCUUUUCACGGCUGAGCUCGACCAUCACAUCCUGGCUGUGUACCAGCAGUUCUGCGCUCUGCAGCUUUGAGGUCCCUCAGUGCAUCACUUCAGACUGUCACACCUGCCUCUUCAUGUGGUGUUUCAAGGAUUAGCUGCAUCCACCAGAAACAUUGGAGAUGUUUUUUUUUUUUUUUUUUUAUGUAGAGAUAUUGGAAAAUGUCAGACCCUUUUUAGGGCCUUUGAUAUGUUUGUGUGGCUUUUCUUUUUCCUAUUCUUUAUUCUUUUCUUUUUUUUACUCAAUUGUCAUUACUCUUUGAAAAGUGUAGAUCUUUUAAAAUGCCCAUCAUUUUGAAAAACGAGGACAAACAUCUGAAACUACUGCGUUUUUUGUCAUUUUUUUUAUGUAAAAAUUAUUAAAUUGAGUUGCGCCAUAAGUCUCGAGUCUGUAUUGUGGAUGAUGUGCCUCUGUAGAGCCGCCAGAGCCACUGUAAUACUACGUUUUGGAUGAUGAAAUAUUUUCUUAUAUAUAUAUAUAUAUAUAUCUUGUACUAGGUGGUGUUAAUAUAUACACACAGACACACACACACACUAUCAGCCAAAAGUUUCAAAACUCUUCAUCUGGUGAAUAUAUAGGCUAUUAAAAGCUAAAUUUGGUAAAUACUUAAAUAUAGAGCAUAGCAAUGGAGAAAAGUCCCUUGUGUAUAUUGGGCUUGUUUAUAGUUAAAAGACCCACGUUAUGCACAACACCUUAAUUUUAACUGGUUAUUAUUGGGAUUUUGGUUGACCAAAUAAACUGCAUCUGGGAUUUUUAUUCAUUUUGGUAUUUAGUUGGUAAAUUAUUCCAAUUUUUUUUGCCACCAGUGUGUGUGUGUGUGUAUACACAUAUGUGUAUUUUUUUAUAUAUAUAUAUAUAUAUAUAUAACCUGAUUGUGUCUCUUGUGCUUUGUUCUUGAAUGCCUCUCACCAUGUCAGGCAUGUCUUUUAAUGUGGAGUGGAAAAUCUGCUGUUCUUUACUGGUGAGAUGUGGAUUUUACAAAAUCAAGUCUUGCCAUGGGAAAUCAGUGAUGUUUGGUUCUUGUUAAUAUUGUUAAAUGAAUCUGCUGGAUGUUCAUGCUCUGCUAUGAUUUAGAUUAAAAAAUACAAUUAUUUCAUGAAAAAAAUCUGGGUUACAGUGAGGCACUUACAAUAGAGCCGAAUGGGGCCAAUGCAUAAACAGUUUCAGAAGUAUAGCCACAAGAUGUAAACUAUGUGUAUGAAAACAUGAUUUUAGUGUGAUAAACUUUUCUGUGUGAAGUUGUUCAAUUUUCAAAGUCAUUGCCAUGAUGACAUAAUGCUGUAAACCCUAAAAUAUAAAAAAAUGAUUAAGACUUUAUGUAAGUGCUUUUAGAUAAUUAUAAGCUUCCCAUUUCUGCCGUUAAGCUCUCCAAAAAAAAUUCCCCCAUUCACUUGAAAGUGCCUCAGUGUAACUUCGAUUUCUGACAAUGGCAGUUUUUGUAUUUUGUUUUUGGCACUCAACAUUAUGCCACAAAUGCUGAUGGGUGAGCUUAACCUGUAUUAAACCCAAAAUAUUCCUUUAAGAUGCCAUUUAUGGGACUUGCAGAUAAAUAAUUUGUGAUCAAUGACUAAAUAUCCUGCAUGAUAUAAAAUAUUAUAACAUUUUAUAGUUAUACAAAAUUAUUUCAGAAAUACCACACUGAUAUAUAUAUAUAUAUAUAAUUUUGAUUUUAUGAGGCAUUUUGUCUUUUUAUAGGGCAUUUUAUCUAAUCAAAUAAAAAAAAUA